GCACCUCGUGCCCCAGGAUGGACUUUGCCGCCCCAGACACACCUCAGAGCCAGAGGUUUAUGGCUCCCACCUGCUCUGCUGGACAGGAAGUGGAGUCUCUUCCCAGGUCUCUCCACCCUCCGUGGUCCAGGGAGUGGUUCCAGGAAACCGUGCUCAGCUCCCCAGCCCAGGAACAGAGAGCAGGCUGACCAGGCUGGGAAAUGCUGGGUGAUUCGAGCCAUGCUGGAGUUUGAACCCACUCAGCUGAUGGGUGGUUCUGGGGAAGCACACGUGGCUUCCCCGUCUCAGCCUCCCGUGGUCUUCCCUCAGUGACUCACGCAAACGUGACUCAUCUUGGGGAAGGACAUUCGUGUGGCCUGAGGCAGAGGCCUCAGUGGACAGGCUGGGGAAGGCACCGUGAUGCCCUCAGCCCCUUCCCACGAGGAGGCCACCUGUCUGGCCUGCAAGAGGCCCCACAAAGGACCUGUGGACACACCUCCUGCUGGCCGUGCCUCAUCUGCCCUCUGGGAUGGGGGCCCAGCCCUCCUGCAAGGUCCUGCUGUGUCCAUGGUGCAAGGAGGAGGGGCACACAGACCCUGUCACAGUCCCCGUGCCACUGGGCACUCUGGAGGAGAUGCAUUGUGAGGAACACGGGGAGAAGGUAUGCUUCUUCUGUGGACAUGAUGCUCAGCUCCUGUGCACGCGCUGUCGAGAGGGCCCCUCCCACCACACCCACGCCGUGGGCUUCCUGGACGGGGCCUGCCAGCCCAACCAGUCUUGCAGGAACUUCAACGCCAGCCUCAGAGGCCCCUCGGUGAUGGACGCCAAGAACCAUCUCUCUCAUCAUCCAGUCACCAGGUCUGCAAGCGAUUUCUCAGAGGCACCUCUUGGGUCUUUAACUCGGCCUCAUCCCCACAACCGCCACCAAAUCCAGGCUCUCAGUGCUUCACCCAGACAUUGGACGGCCUCGGACGUGCUCCCUGCCUCCGCUCUCUCUGUCUCCGAUCACCCUCCAACCCUCCACGAGGACGGUGUCAGGACUCAGUUGGAAGCCCUGAGGGUGGAGGGAGAAGAGAUUGAGGACAUAAAGAGUCGUGAAGACCAGAAGUUCCAAAUGCUUCUGACUCACAUCGAAAUCAGGAAGCAGCAGGUAGAAGCCGUGUUUGAGAAGUUGCAGCAGGAGCUGAGGGAACAGCGGGGCCUCCUGCUGGCCAGGCUGAGGGGGCUGGAGGUGCAGGUCUGCGAGGAGCGAGAAGACUACGUCUCCAAGUUCUCCGAGGAGGUUGCCAGGCGCAGAGCUGAGGCCGAGGAGCUGGAGAACUGCCAGCAGCUGGCAAGUGUCCUGCUACCUGUGGGGGGCUGUCCACAACCUGCCUCGUGGGAUGGGAGAGGGAUUGCUCAGGCAGGGACAGCAGCUGAGGUUGGGAGAUGCUGCAGAGGGGCAGGAGAGGGGAGCAGAGGUCUUCUGCUAGGAGGGACUGGUAGCUGUCGGGUUUCUUCAGCCCAGAGACGCUACAGAGGGGCAGACCCCGAAAGGCUGGAUGACUUGACCCUGCACUGCGGUCGUGUCAAAGACUCUGGAAUCAGCCGUUCUUGGGUUUGAGGGCAGGCUCUUCCAGCCGUGUGGCCUCAGUGAGCCUUGCGCCCGCCUAAACAUGGGGAUAACAGUAGCACCUCCUUCCUAGAGCUCCUGCAAAGAUGAUAAACAAUCCGUACCAAAUGCCUCGCAUGGUCCUGGUUCACAGAGAGAACUCCAUAGUGGCGUCUGUUUCGAUGGUCCUCACGUUAUCCUGCGUCACAUCAGGUUCGGCUGGUAACUCAAGGCCUGGACCCUGUUCUCCACCAUGUCUCAAUCACUGGAGGCAGAACACGCUCCCAAGAUGAGGCUAAGACAAAGAAGUGAGCUUGAAUGAUCUGGCCAGAGUCCCACAUUAGUAGGGAGGCAUGGUGCAAAAGAAUAAUCUGAUGGGUAGGUCAUUAGACACACAGAACUUUCUUCAAGAGGAGAACUUUGAGCCAAUGCGUUACGAAGAACGGAUGUGCAGGCUCUCUGGCGGGAAGGACCUGAGGACACUGAGUGCAUGUUCUUUUUCUUUUGUAGGAUGUGGGCGUCAGCCAGAGCAGGUAGGGCCUCCUCCCAGUCCUGCUUCCUUCACACAUGGGGUGUAUACUUUGUAUCCGUCACCUGUGUCCCCUGGGCACGGACAUUGGGGGGCACUCUGACCUCGCCCUCCAGCGGGCUGCGCGGAAACGCAAAACUGCUUUGGCAGACACACACACAGGCAGCCUGCACUCAAAGGUGUGAGAAGACUUUUGUGAGUCCAGAGACCAUUUCUCCUGCCCUUGUCAAGAAGAUCCGAGAUGUUCACAGGAAAAUCCUGCCCCUCCCAGAGAUGCUAAGGACCUUCUCAGGGACAUGCACUGGCAGGUGGGGGCUGCUCCUGUGCCAUUAGAGCACAGCAGGAGGCAUGAAGCAGAUGCCUUCUCCUCCUUCCCCACGGGGUCCCCAGGUCUGCCCUGGGGAGUACCUGUAAGAGAUGGCAAGUCACAUACCUUUCUAUUUCUGCUUCGCUCAGAAAGCCUGGUGCAUCAUCUGGAAACAGACUCAGGGGCCGGGACCCGGGACCCUCCGGCCGCCAGCUGUAGCACGGCCCACUCCGAGGACAGGAAGCCGACGAGGUUCACCCGGGACCAGCAGGACCUGCCUCACUGCCCCUGGAGCUCCCAGGGUGUCCCCUUGGCGCUCCGCUGCCCCGGCGGCACCUCCGGGCGCCCCCGCGGGCAUGUGCAAGUGCAGCCCAGAGCCCGCAGAGGGCGUCCUAAUACAGUGUACGACGAACCAGCCAGACGCUGAAAACUUGAAAGGCAACGGAAUCUGUGACCGCGACACAAGCCUGUCCCUCCUUGUAACUCCGAGUUUCCUGAUUUACCAGACCCCACCGUUCAAUAAAGUGACAUUUGCUUUCAGGUCCAACUAACCUCUCAAAUAUGUAUUAUCGUCCCCGUUCCUGUUGGAUGAUGAGGCUUUGUCUCACUUCCCCUGCACUCAACUCGUGUUCUGGGCAGGCCAGGCGUUUUGGCCGCGUGUGAAGUUGAGAACACAAAUGAGCUGCUUACACUGUAUUUCCACGUCUAGUGCUGCUACUCUCACGGUGAGUGUCCAGUGAUUUAGGCUGUGGGUAUGCAUCUAGGGAGGCCCUGGGCCAAAAUUAAAUUGCCCUGCAUAAGGAAGAAAGUAGGAUUCAGAGGCUUCAGGGAAAAGUUGAGUCUGAGGACUGGAGCUGCCUCGAGGGAAAGAAUCCACUUGGUGGCCCCACUGGAAAACCUGAAAAUAUUUGUGUUGCAAUGUUUGUGAUGUAAAACCGGCCUUUAUCGCCUGCACAGGAGCCUCAGCCUAGUUGACCUUGGGCUCGAUGCUUCUGGAAGCCUUGCUGGGCUCCGGGAAUCUGGAAUGUGAGAGGCUGAGCACUGUUCACUACCGGGCAGGAGGCAAACAGAGACUCCACAAAACAAGUGUGUGGCUGCUGGUUUACGUGAGGAGCUGUCACACACCGGGACGUGCCCCUGAGGACCAGGGCGGCCCAGGUGGAGUCUGUCCAAAGCCCAAGAACAGUAAUUACAGCAGGCAGCAUGUGACAGACACCCGGGCCAGAGCACUGCCUCUGUGCCCUGGUCGUGCUCCGCAGGCUUGCUGGCUUUCCUCAUGCCAUUUUCCCCACGCAUCUCCGUUCUUUCCUU